AAUCGUAGAUCUCUUCGAAGAUGGGUGGUGCGGUGAAGGAUAUCGCUUCAAAGGCAGAGCUUGAUAACAUGCGCCAGAGCGGCGCACCAAUCGCGCUUCACUUCUGGGCAUCGUGGUGUGAUGCUUCCAAGCAGAUGGAUCAAGUCUUCUCACACCUCGCUACCGAUUUCCCUCGGGCCCACUUCUUCAGGGUAGAAGCUGAGGAACAUCCUGAGAUUUCUGAAGCUUACUCUGUUUCUGCUGUUCCCUUUUUCGUCUUUUUCAAGGAUGGCAAAGCUGUGGAUACACUUGAAGGCGCAGAUCCGUCGAGUUUAGCCAACAAGGUUGGGAAAAUAGCCGGUUCUAGUACUUCUGAUGAGCCUGCUGCUCCUGCAAGCCUAGGGUUAGCUGCAGGGCCAAUGAUUCUUGAAACCGUGAAGGAGAACGCGAAAGCUACUGUUAAAGACCGAACUCAGCCUGUGUCCACCACUGAAGCUCUCAAUACCCGUUUGGAGAAGCUCACUAACUCUCACCCUGUCAUGUUAUUCAUGAAAGGUACUCCUGAAGAGCCUAGGUGUGGGUUUAGCAGGCAAGUAGUGGGCGUUUUGAAAGAGGAGAAGGUUGAUUUCGGAAGUUUCGAUAUACUUUCUGACAACGAAGUGCGUGAAGGUCUGAAGAAAUUCUCCAACUGGCCGACAUUUCCUCAGCUUUACUGCAAUGGAGAGCUUCUAGGUGGAUCAGACAUUGUCUUGGAGAUGCAAAAGAGCGGCGAGCUGAGAGAAGUUUUGUCUGAGAAAGGAAUCACUGGAGAACAGAGUCUUGAAGAUAGAUUGAAGACGUUGAUUAACUCCGAGAAGGUUAUGCUAUUCAUGAAAGGUUCACCGGAUGAACCAGAGUGUGGGUUCAGCUCAAAAGUGGUGAAAGCACUAAGAGAUGAGAAUGUGAGUUUCGGUUCGUUUGAUAUCUUGAGUGAUGAAGAAGUAAGACAAGGGAUCAAGAGUUUCUCAAACUGGCCUACGUUUCCUCAGCUGUACUAUAAAGGUGAGUUAGUUGGAGGAUGUGAUAUCAUUAUGGAGUUGAGUAGGAGUGGUGACCUCAAAGCAACUCUAUCUGAGUAAAGCAGUUGUCUAUCUCUCCCUUUUGCCUUGUGGUGAGAAGAUUCUAGCUCCGGUAAUAAUAAUAUGUUUGAGUGUUGCAGACAUUGUUGUUACUUAAGGCUUGUCUGGUUAUUUCUAUGAUUGAGAAAUCAUUGAUUCAUGACUUUUUACAUGCAUGCUCCAGCGUCCACUGGUAGAAGAACAUAUACUUCACUCUUUAAUAUAUAUAUAUAAACAUUGUUCAUUUUUUUUUUUUUUUUUUU